AUGACAACUCCGUCAUCAUACGCUGCUGUCAAGACCAAUCUUGAGGCAAUCCUCGCCAACCCCUCGACGCCGUUCGAUGAGCCCGCUAUAGAAAAGCUCAAGCUUGAAAUCACGCAACAAACAGACCCAAGUAUACCAGCGGAUAUCCUCGCUCAAAUCUCGGAGGUCCUUCCAGUCCUACAAUAUGACCCUACGCCGCUCACAACCCUCGGCAUUCGAGCUACCGCGUUCCUCAAAUUCUCCGACCUUCAAGCUGUGGACCCGCCACUCAAUCUGCUUGCAGGAAUUCGGGCGCCGUCGCCGCCAAUAAAUCUAUUGACACUAUCGCUACUUGCAAAAGCCAACCGCGUGCCGAGCGAUGCAGCUAUCAUUGCAGGGGACUCAGAUCUGGUAGCAACGCUUGUGGAGCUCUGGCUAUCCACACCUACUACCGAGGUCGCGCAGGCUGCCGUGGACGUUUUAUGGUCAUUGCUGGAAGUUGACCAUGUUGAGACUGAAACGGUCAUCGGUUCCACUCAGAAUAUUGCCGCUGGCCAGGGUCUCCUGUGGAGAAGGAUCUUUACUGACAAGGAUGUAUAUGGUCUCUUAUUUUCGAUUUGCAGCCUGACAAAUGCCGGGGCCACUCCGCAGCUAUCGAAACGGGAAAAGACUGUCGCGCAAGGACGGCUAUUGGACUUCAUAGUGAAAGCUGGAAUGCUCCGUUGGGAUUGCAUAACGGAAUCACAGGUCCCCGAGAUCGAGUCUGAUUAUCGGAGCAAUAGCCUACUUGAUUUUGCAGCAUGUCAAAUGGUCGAUACUUCUGAUGUUUUGAUGCAUAUGACUCUUUUGAACUUCUUUCGAGAGUUGAUUCUGAUUGAUGCGCCGGGGUUGAAGACAGAAUCUCCGCCGCAUCAAGUCUCGCCUUUCUCUUCACGAGCUAUGGAUUUUCUUUUAGAGAGAAACUUGCACCAGCGAGUCUUGGGUUACUAUCUUGAUCCGUCUCAGCUAGAUUCGAUUGACAUCUCGUUUCUUGCUAGUCCCAUUAUGGCCUAUGUUGCACAAUAUGUGCAUCUCUAUCCCAAUCAUUUAUUGAAAAGCCCACGGGAAUUGCUUGACAAGAUACUGUCACGAAUCCACAAAGCUCUCGACAUUCCGUCCGCUCAGUGGGCACACGGCGAAACCCCAUUGGGUGAUCUCACAAUCUUAGGCUCUCUUCCACGCGUACUUCUCGUCGAAGCUAGCAGAAGGUCUCUCAGUCCCCUGCAAGCAGUUCCUGCUAAUCCACCUAAUAGAGCCUGUUAUCAAACUCUAGCGAGAAUCUUCCAUGGACCGUCAUCAAUAGCGUCAUCAGAUGUAGCGACAAGAGUUACUGAUGCACCGACCGAUGCCUUGAAGGAAUCCGUGGCAGCACGCAUACUAUAUUUUACAUACCUCAAUGCGCAUACGAACCUAUGGCAGAAUGUGGUUACUGCCGCAGAUAUUGUCGCCAUGAAGGAUGUUGCACUCGCGGCUAUUGCCGUGAUUGGAGCCGUUGUUACAGCAAACUGGAAUACAUUGUCGAUGGAAGACGCCCAGCGCAUAUCAGCUUCUCCGUUCAAACUUCCCUCCGAGGAUGAGCUGAACAGGCAAGCUUCUACCGGGCCUGGCUUACUGCCUAAAUCCGGGUCAUGGGCAGUGUUGACUCCCCCGGCAUUAACGACAGUGCUUCCAUAUCUCUUUAAGCCUCCGCUAUCGUAUAGCAACUUCGUGGCGGGCGGCGCUGGUGAUCCCGAAAGUGCUAUUUGGAAACUAGCUACAGCCAAGUAUGAUGUCUUGGUUGAUCUACACAGUAAGCUGAAGGAUUCAGCGGCUCGCGUUGAGGGCUUUGAAGAUAUCGUGCAGACGUUGGAGCAACGUAUUCGUGAUGGACCUCAAGGACCAGCAAUCCAGGUUGGCAGCCGCGUGGAGGCACUUGAGCUGUAG